CCGUGCCGCUGAACCAGACCUCCCGGCUCCCCGGGCUCCGGGCCGCCUGCCUCCUCCCCGGGCACCGAGGCUGCGGCGCACUCCUGCCCCUGGUUCCGGAUCCCGCUGGUCAGCCUGUUGCCUUGCCAUCCUCGCGGCAAGCCACCCCCGUGGGGCCCGCGAUCGUUCCAGUUUCGGCAGCAGCGAUGGUCGGCGCAGAAGGGGAAGCGCGAGGAGGCAGAAGCGGCUGCUGGCUCCCCGCCCCUGCACCUCCGCGGGCCGCCACUGGGGGCGGCCACACCGGAGAGCUCCGCGGGGACCGAGCGCACAGCCGCUUGGCUUCCUUCACCGCUGGCCCCGCGUUGCCUCCGCAGCCUGCCGGUUGCCCCCUUAGUCUGCGCGUGUGAUCGCUGUGCAUGUGUGUGUCUGUGUGUGAUCGGGAGCGCGUGUGCGCGCGCUCGGGGGGCAGUGUGCACGACGGGAGUGCGGAGAAGUGUGUUUGUGUGUGUGCGUGUGGGUGUGAGUGCCUGGCUGGCCCUCGAGCACACACGCACACUCGCACACACACACUGGCUGGCUCGUUUCAACUUGAAGACACCCCACAUUCCAAGAUGCUCGAGUUGCCUAGAAAUACCCGGGGUUUUUCGAUCUGGAAAAUCCUACCGGCGUCUUCCUAGGGAGGGAUUAUUAUUAUUAUUAUUAUUAUUAAUCUGGAAGAGAAGAGAACAAGUUGGGAUUUUUCCUCCUUUCUUGCUAAAUGCCAUGGAUAUAACUGAAUAAGCCUCUCAGGGCUCUCCCCGCGUGGACAUCCGAGGCCACCAUCUGCCUGCGUUCGCCAGAGCCGAGGGCUUAGCUCCAGCCUGUGUCGGGCAGGGAAGGAUGCGUGGCCGCAACGGGGAGCCGGGGUGCCCCGCGCAGCCGGCCUCGGUGCCUCCCAGCCAAGGGUAGAUGCUGCCUCGCCCAGGCGCCACAGCCUGAGUGACCAGACCAUGGAGACCCUGCUUGGUGGCCUGCUGGCUUUUGGCAUGGCGUUUGCUGUGGUUGACGCCUGCCCCAAGUACUGUGUCUGCCAGAAUUUGUCUGAGUCAUUGGGGACCUUGUGCCCAUCCAAGGGGCUGCUCUUUGUACCCCCUGACAUUGACCGGAGGACGGUGGAGCUGCGUCUGGGUGGCAACUUCAUCAUCCACAUCGGCCGCCAGGACUUCGCCAACAUGACAGGGCUGGUGGACCUGACCCUAUCCAGGAACACCAUCAGCCACAUCCAGCCCUUUUCCUUCCUGGACCUCGAGAGCCUCCGCUCCCUGCACCUGGACAGCAACCGACUCCCUAGCCUCGGGGAGGACACCCUGCGUGGCCUGGUCAACCUGCAGCAUCUCAUCGUGAACAACAACCAGCUGGGUGGCAUCGCCGAUGAUGCCUUCGAGGACUUCCUGCUGACGCUGGAGGAUUUGGACCUCUCCUACAACAACCUGCAUGGCCUUCCCUGGGACUCUGUGCGGCGCAUGGUCAACCUGCACCAGUUGAGCCUGGACCACAACCUGUUGGACCACAUUGCUGAGGGCACCUUUGCUGACCUGCAGAAACUGGCCCGCCUGGACCUCACCUCCAACCGGCUGCAGAAGCUGCCCCCAGAUCCCAUCUUUGCCCGCUCUCAGGCCUCUGCUCUAACUGCCACACCCUUUGCUCCACCCUUGUCUUUUAGUUUUGGGGGGAACCCACUGCACUGCAACUGUGAGCUUCUCUGGCUGCGGAGGCUUGAGCGGGAUGAUGACCUGGAAACCUGUGGCUCCCCGGGGGGCCUCAAGGGCCGUUACUUCUGGCAUGUGCGUGAGGAGGAGUUUGUGUGCGAGCCACCUCUCAUCACCCAGCACACUCACAAGCUGCUGGUUCUGGAAGGCCAGGCAGCCACACUCAAGUGCAAGGCCAUUGGGGACCCCGGCCCCCUCAUCCACUGGGUGGCCCCAGAUGACCGCCUGAUGGGGAACUCUUCAAGGACUGCUGUGUACAGCAAUGGCACCCUGGACAUCCUCAUCACCACAUCCCAGGACAGUGGUGCCUUCACUUGCAUUGCUGCCAAUGCCGCCGGGGAGGCCACGGCCACUGUGGAGGUCUCCAUUGUCCAGUUGCCACACCUCAGCAAUAGCACCAGCCGCACAGCGCCCCCCAAGUCCCGCCUCUCAGACAUCACUGGCUCCAGUAAGACCAGCCGUGGAGGGGGAGGCAGCGAGGGUGGGGAGCCUCCCAAAAGUCCCCCAGAACGGGCUGUCCUUGUGUCUGAUGUGACCACCACCUCGGCCCUGGUGAAGUGGUCAGUCAGCAAGUCAGCACCCCGAGUGAAGAUGUAUCAGCUGCAGUACAACUGCUCUGACGAUGAGGUACUGAUUUACAGGAUGAUCCCAGCUUCCAACAAGGCCUUUGUGGUCAACAACUUGGUGUCAGGGACCGGCUAUGACCUGUGCGUGCUGGCCAUGUGGGAUGACACAGCCACAACACUCACGGCCACCAACAUUGUGGGCUGUGCCCAGUUCUUCACCAAGGCCGACUACCCGCAGUGCCAGUCGAUGCACAGCCAGAUCCUGGGCGGCACCAUGAUCCUGGUCAUCGGUGGCAUCAUUGUGGCCACGCUGCUGGUCUUCAUCGUCAUCCUCAUGGUGCGCUACAAGGUCUGCAACCACGACGCCCCCAGCAAGAUGGUGGCUGCCACAGUUAGCAACGUGCACUCACAGACCAACGGGGCCCAGCCACUUGCUUUGAGCAGUGUGCCCAGUGGGGCCCCUGUGCCAGGGCCACCCAAAGUAGUGGUGCGCAAUGAGCUGGUAGAGUUCAGUCCCAACUUUGCCCGACACAGUGACUCCUCUUCCUCCAGCUCCCUGGGCAGUGGGGAGGCAGCGGCACUGGGACGGGGUCCCUGGAGGCUCCCUCCCCCUGUCCCACGUCCCAAGCCCAACCUUGACCGCCUAAUGGGGGCCUUUGCUUCCCUGGACCUCAAGAGUCAGAGAAAGGAGGAGAUGCUGGACUCCAGGACUCCAGGCGGGAGAGGGUCUGGGACUUCAGCCAGGGGCCACCACUCGGACCGAGAGCCACUGCUGGGACCACCUGCAGCCCGGGCCAGGAGUCUGCUUCCCUUGCCCCUGGAAGGCAAGGCCAAGCGCAGCCAUUCCUUCGACAUGGGGGACUUUGCAGCUGCAGCUGCAGCAGCUGGAGGGGUUGCUCAAGGUGGCUACAGCCCCCCUCGGAGGGUCUCAAACAUCUGGACAAAGCGCAGCCUCUCUGUAAAUGGCAUGCUCUUGCCCUUUGAGGAGAGUGACCUAGUGGGAACCCGGGGGACUUUUGGCAGCUCUGAAUGGGUGAUGGAGAGCACGGUGUAGGCUUGGGGGUGGGUGUUCUCUCACCUGCUCUUGCAGGAUGGAAGAAGGGGAAAGAAUAUUGGCAAGUCUUCAUGGUGUUUCCAUGGUGAUGUUUACAUCCAGGGACAGUUUAGUCUCCCUGUCAAUGGCCUCCCCCUGACCGCCACCCACACCACCUUCCCAGGCCUGUCCCCCACCACCCAGCCAGGGUGUGCUCAGGGAAAGCAGACUUGAUUUCUAAGUGUCGGACUGAGCUCUUAGUGUUUGGAAAGGUGGGACUCUCUCCUUUCUACUCACAAAUGCAGUGUAUAAGCAAGUUGCUUUGGAUUGCUUAUGGUUCCAGUGUUGUUUUUAUUUCUUAAUUUAUUUCUUCCACUUCCUAAAUGCCUCCUCUUCAUUCACACAGAUAAUGGAGAGUUUGUUCUACAUAUGAAAACAGGUUCCAAGCAGCCCUGGCAGUGGGAGAUUAUUGCCAAUUGGGAGAAGGGACAAAGUCUGGUCUCCCUCUUGUUUUGGGGAAGACUGUGGAGUCCCUUGUCCAGACCUCUCAUUAUUCACAACCAUCCCCAAACUUGGGACAGUUGAGUGAUCCCCCUAUACCUGACCCAGCUUUCUUUGCUUCUGAAACAUGUCCACAUUCAUCACAUUGGCUUAAACCAGAAGCGUAACUUCCUGGACUUCUCAUGUGUGUCUGGGAGAAGGAGAGGGCUUUCUGAGUUAUAAUGGUGUAAAGGAUGUUAGCUCUUGGAGUUCCUUUGGGAUUUUGGCCUCUUUUGAGGGGAAGCUGUGACAGUAAGUCCCCAUGAGCAUGAGGUGGGCCAAGGGUACUUCUCAUAAAAAAA